CCCGUCCUCCCCACAGCGCAGAACCCCAGAACCCCCAGCCGACCUCACGCGGCACGCGUCGGAAGGAAAAAGAGGAGAAUUUCGCCCCCCUCCCACUCCCCGUCCCCUCCGCCGCCGGCGAUCGCCGUCCCCGCCAUGGCCGCCUACUGCCCGCUGCCGGCGAUGGCGCCGGAGCUCCCGGUCUGGACCCACGCCGCCCCGGCGCCCCCCGAGCCCGAACCCCUGCCCCUCUUCAUGUACCCGCCCCCACCGCCCCCGCUCCCCGCGGGCCGCCGCCUCCUCCCCUGGCCGGUCCCCCACCGGCCGCCUCCCGACUUCUUCUUCGAGAUGGACUACCGCCGGACCCACUCCCUCGUGCAGUUCUUGGCGGACGAGGGGGCCAUCCCGACGCCCGAGGAGGAGGAGACGAGGGAGCAGGUCAUCCGCGAGCUCAAGAAGAUUGUGACGGAUUGGGCCAAGGCGGUGGCCUGUGAGGAGAGGGUUCCCCCGAGGCGGGUGACGGCUACGGUCCUCACCUAUGGUUCUUACACGUUAGGGGCUCACGGACCUGAAUCUGACAUCGAUGCGCUAUGUGUUGGUCCCUGUAUCGCAAACUUGCCGCACCACUUUUUUGCUGUUCUGCGACAAAUUCUCAAGUGCAGGCCGGAAGUAUCAGGACUGCAGACUGUGGAAAAUGCCAAGGUUCCAUUGAUGCGAUUUAGAUUCAGUGGGAUUUCUGUUGAUCUGACAUAUGCCCAGCUCCCAGUCCUUGAUGCAGUUCAGGCUAUAAAUACAUCUAGUCCUCAGUAUCUUCGGAAACUUGAUUCACGGAGUUGGAAGAGUUUGUCUGGAGUUCGUGUUAAUGAGCAGAUUGUGCAGCUAGUGCCGGAUCAAGAGAAGUUCCAAGUUCUGUUGCGAUGCAUAAAACUAUGGGCUAGGAGGCGGGGACUUCAUUGCCAUUUGCUUGGUUUCUUUGCUGGGAUUCAUUUGGCGAUUCUUGCAGCAUAUGUUUGUCAGAGAUUUCCAAAUGCCACUGCCAAUGGUCUGUUCACCAUGUUCUUUGAGAUAUUUGCUCACUGGCCUUGGCAUAUUCCAGUAGAUCUGCAUGGUCAGCAAACUAACUGCACGCGCUCAGAUGGGUGUUUAAUGCCCAUAGUGAUGCCUUGUUCUCCGCCGGAGCUCUGUGCGUCUAAUAUGACGGAAGGUACCUUCAGGAAGAUCAGAGAGGAGCUUAUGCGUGGUUAUGUUUUGACCAAGGACCUAGGGAGCCAUGAUUUUGAGUGGGCAUGGAUUUUUGAACCCUUCCCAUAUUCGACAACAUAUGAACAAUUUCUUCGCAUUGCUCUAUGUGCUCCAACUUCUGAAGAACUGCAUGAUUGGACUGGAUGGGUUAAAUCCCGCUUCCCUUACCUUAUUCUCAAGCUGGAAGAUAACGGCAUUGAGUGUGACCCCAAUUCAUCACAGGAAGUUGAUCAUACAGUCAUCAAACCCAACAUUGUAUAUCACUGGGGCCUCAUCCCUCAAUCAGAUACUCUUCUUGAUUCUAGCUCUCUGAAGGAAGAUUUCAUGAAAUAUGUCAUCAAUGAUGUCUAUGGAAAGGUGAAAUGUACAAACUCAGAGCUGACGUUGUCCAUCGUUGGCGCAUCAGAGCUGCCAAAAAGCAUGUACAAUGACUCAUUUUACUCUCGGCACCUGCACCAGUAUGGGGUGGGCUACCAGGCAGCAGAUGACUGUUGGAGUACAAUUGGCUAGGAUAUUGCUGGAUCAUCUGGCACAUACUCUUUUGCAUCUUUUAUUCUGAUCAUCGGGCGGAUACUCAUCAUGUCUGUGGGUUUCUUCUCAUCUCCUUAUUGCCCCUAGCAAAGGGAAUCUGAAGAUCAGGGUAUUCUUUUAUUAGCCUCCCAGGUGCACUAAGAUCAUGAAACUGACUUGGUUCUGCUCUGAUGGUUAUUCGAGCGCAUGUGUAGUACUGGUCAGUAUAUCGGCAUAGUGUCUGACAAAAAAAGAAAAAAAAAUGUUAUGUUGGCAUAGUGGCUUAUAGCAGUAGAAUGUAAAAUGUAGGCUAUUAUUCCAAAAAAAAGUAUGUAGGUUACAUGGCUCACACCUGCCAAGCGGAAGCCCCGGUGGAAGGGUUACUGGAAACCUAUUGAAGAUGGGGAGGCAAACCAAAAAAAGAAGGUAAAAUGUCUGCAUGAACGCUGUCCAAGUGCGGGUUUCUGCUGUGAAUUUUGAUGCCUGCUGGGUGCAAAUCACCCAAGGUGCCUGCAAUGUAUAGUUGAUCUUGUCAGUAGUAUGUGCUGUUACAUUUUGCAAGCAGAACAGCCCCUGCCACUGAACAAUUCUUUUUGUGUAACUGAUAACUACCCGACUCUGAAGUGCCUGAUCUGAUGGGGUGUUACUGAAUAAUAAACUGUAAAGUGAAAAACCAGUUGAAACCUGUAUGUGGUCUUGUUUCUGGUGCAGAGGUGGAUGAUGUUUUGUA